AUGAUAGCUCAAGUUCCAUCAAUUAAUUGACGUCCAUCUCCAGUCCCAAGGCCGAGAAUCCAUGCGCCAAUCCUCCCCAGGUUAAUAUACCCCUCGUUAUCACCAAGUGGGUCUGGUCUCCACACCCCGGAUAAAUGCGAUAAUCUAUAUUUUCCGAUGAGAAUGAGGGGCAGGUAUUAAAGUGGGAUGUAUCCUGGAUCUGUUUUUCUCGAUAACACCUCCUACAUUCAAUUAUACACCAUGACUACAAUCAAUCUCGAGAAGCCGAACAUUGGUGUCUUCACCAACACCAACCAUGACCUCUGGGUCGCCGAAUCGACUCCGUCGCUGGCCGAUGUGAAGGUCGGGAAAGGCCUGAAUGCUGGCCAGGUGACUGUCGAGGUCCGCAGCACUGGCAUUUGCGGAUCCGAUGUCCACUUCUGGCACGAAGGCUGCAUUGGUCCGAUGAUUGUCACCGGCGACCAUAUCCUGGGCCACGAGUCCGCCGGUCAGGUCAUCUCCGUCGCUUCCGAUGUCACCCACUUGAAGCCCGGCGACCGUGUCGCCAUUGAGCCGAACGUUAUCUGCAACGCCUGCGAGCCGUGUCUGACUGGUCGCUAUAACGGAUGCGAAAACGUUCAAUUCCUCUCCACCCCCCCCGUCGACGGUCUCCUGCGCCGUUACGUCAACCACCCCGCCACCUGGUGCCACAAGAUCGGAGACAUGAGCUACGAGGAUGGUGCCAUGCUUGAACCCCUCAGUGUCUCGCUGGCUGCCAUUGAGCGCAGUGGCCUGCGCCUGGGCGACCCUUGCCUGAUCACCGGUGCUGGUCCCAUCGGUCUCAUUACUCUUCUCAGUGCCCGCGCCGCCGGUGCCACGCCCCUCGUCAUCACCGACAUCGACGAGGGACGUCUGGCUUUUGCCAAGUCGCUCGUGCCGGAGGUACGCCCCUACAAGGUGCAGACCAAGCUGUCGGCCGAGGAGAAUGCGACGGGCAUCAUCGCCGCCUUCAACGACGGCCAGACGACGGGCCCGGACAUCCUGAGACCUCGCCUGGCACUGGAGUGUACUGGCGUCGAGAGCAGCGUUGCCUCCGCCAUCUGGAGCGUCAAGUUCGGCGGCAAGGUCUUUGUGAUCGGCGUGGGCAAGAACGAGAUGAAGAUUCCCUUCAUGCGCCUUAGCACUCAGGAGAUCGAUCUGCAGUACCAGUACCGCUACUGCAACACCUGGCCGCGCGCCAUCCGUUUGGUCCAGAGCGGUGUCAUCAACUUGAAGAAGCUGGUGACCCACCGUUACACUCUUGAGGAUGCCCUCAAGGCGUUUGACACUGCCUCCGACCCGAAGACCGGCGCUAUCAAGGUGCAGAUCAUGAGCUCGGAGGAGGACGUGAAGGCUGCUACGAAUGCGGCCCAGUCGUGAUAGAUUUCUUCUUCUUCCUCUUUUCCUUUUUUCUUCUAUCCUUCUGUUCUAAGGAUUGGCCGUCCCCCGUUUGCCUUUUAUAUCCGGACCUCGGUGUUUUGCGUUGGGUGAUGACGGAUUGUAUGACCUUGAUGAAUUGCUAGAUACGUGGGUUUGGG